CCAAACACUUACAGGAUGUUAUCUCGUAUGCUAUUCAAAAUGAUUGUGUCAUGUCUGUUUGCAUCUAUGGCAAAUUGCUGGGAUGUACCAGACAACAUAUACAAUACUUACUUCGGGACAAUCUCGAGGGAAAGACCGUAUAUGCCGACUGAAAUAUAUGGGGAGAUACCAGACUGGAUCGAAGGGUACUUUUUAAAGCAGUCUGGUGGUACAUAUGGUAACUGGAGUAACCCUGAACUUGGAUCCAAAAUUACCCACGCGUUUGAUGGAUUAGGAACAGUGGCAUCGUUUAAAAUGCGUGAUGGUAUGGUGGAAUACGGAACUAAGUAUGUUAUAUAUCAAUCGAUUCACCCACAUUCUCUGCAGUAAUAAAAUGAUUAAAU